AUGGUAGUUCGAUAGGGAUGUUAAAGUAGUUUGUUUUUUUACUGUUUCAUACUGGCUCGAUAUGAGCUCGAUAUGAGUUCGAUGUGAGCUCGAUGGAGCUCGACAUCAGCAUUUUAUGAUGGUUUUUGCUAAUUUUUUUAUCGUACUCUCUUUUGCAGCAUAUUGAUGCGGCAGAACACAUGCUUCGUAUGCGUCGCAAGUAUUUUCCCAAUAUAUAUCGACAGAAUGCAGUUGUGAUGAACAGUUAUUUCUCACAAGUGAUACCUGCCCGAUAUGAUCAGUUCAAGAAAACAGCCGACAAAACAAAGUAUUAUUGGGAUGCUGACAUUAUGUCCAUGUUGACCGGCAUCGAGCAGCAGUUUCUGGCAUCUUGGGGAGGAGUUGAGGAUGUAUAUUGGUGCCAGAACUAUGGACAACAACAUUGGUUUGCCAUUGAGGCUUCCAUUUCUAGUUGGACUCUGACUGUUUACGAUUCAGACAACUCGGUGAUUAGUGACGCAAAGCUUGAGGAUAUUAUGAGUCCAUGGUGCUUUAUGCUACCUUCUCUGUUAAUGCAGAGUAAACUGUUUACUGAUAGCUUGAUGUUGAAGAUUCCAUCAGCAGGAAAUAGGCCGCAUCAGUUCACAUUGCGUCGCAAACAGAAACACGAGCUCCCUCAGUCAAAGAGAAGUGGGGAUUGUGGUGUGUAUGCUAUCAAGUAUAUUGAGCAUCUAAUGGUCGGUCUUCCAUUGGAAGCUAUCUGCGAUGAAAAUAUGGAGGUGUUCAGGAACAAGUGGACCACAGACUUAUGGUAUCAAAAUUUGUUACCUUGAUGAUUGUAUAUAUACAGGGUCUUUACAUGUACAGUUUGUUGUUCACAUUUUUUUAUAACUUUCAUGGGCUGUUAUCGAGCUAAUAUCAAGCUAUAUCGAACUGUUAUUGAAUUAUCAAAAUUUGUUACCUUCAUAAAAAGAGUUUAUUAAUACAACAAGUUCAAAUGGGAAAAAAGAGUUUAAAGCCUA